UGCUCAAGCUAUGGGACCCGUUGAUCACCUGUUGAUCAUUUGCGAAAGAAAGGAGGCUUCGCUGGAGAUCAGGACAGACCCACAGCAAGACCUGGUAUAGAUUUUGGAGGAAAUGAAGCACAUUCUCCAAUACACGGGCUGCUUCUUGGCCUUCUUCUCUGCCGGCUUCCUGAUUGCUGCGACUUGGACAGACUGUUGGAUGGUGAACACGGACGACUCCUUGGAGUUGAGCGCUACCUGCCGCGGCCUUUGGUGGGAAUGCGUCACCAAUGCCUUUGACGGGAUAACAACCUGCGAUGAAUAUGACUCCAUCUUGGCUGAGCACCCAGUGAAACUGGUCCUGACCCGAGCGAUGCUCAUCACAGCUGACAUCCUGGCUGGCUUCGGGUUCACCUUCCUCCUCCUGGGCCUGGACUGUGUGAAAUUCCUCACGGAUGAACCUGGAAUCAAAACCCAAAUCUGCUUCAUAGCUGGACUGGCUCUGCUAACGGGAGGUGUCCCUGGGCUAAUUGGAUCCGUCUGGUAUGCCAUCGGCGUCUACGUGGAGCGCUCGACUCUGGUUUUGCAUAACGUCUUUGUGGGCAUCCAGUACAAAUUUGGGUGGUCCUGUUGGCUGGGGCUGAGCGGGUCUCUGGGCUGCUUCUUAUCUGGCUCCUUGCUAACCUGCUGCAUGUAUCUCUUCAGAGAUGUUGGUGCAAGCAGUUCGUUGCGGAAGACUUAUUCCCCUCCUGGGAUGAGCAGCCUGUGCCGCCCAGCCUCCCAGACAACUACUGCCAAAAUGUACGCCAUGGACACCAGAGUGUGAGGAAGAGGAGAUCCUGAGGGGACUUGGCUCACCUCCUUUGUGACUUAUGGGGCUGCCCCAGAUGCCAGAAAGGGUCUCCAGAGGCUGUGAUUCAACCCCAAGGACUUUGGCUGUUUCCACCAACCAUGUUCAGGACAAUCUCUCAUCCCUAACAAAUAUCUGUUAGUUUGUUUUGAGAACCGUGCCUAUGGUGAAUGCAGC